AUGGUGUUCAUUCGCUACUUAAGUGAGCUUAGAAGUGCUUUAAAGGACUAUGGUUAUGAGCAGGUCUGUGCUAACUUUGCAGAACAGAAAUAUGACUCCGUCUCUGACAAAGAGGAGUUAUUCACGAACGAGACUUUGAAACAAACAAACGAUGGCUCUGUUUAUGUUAUGUUGAGAGAUUACUAUAGGAAAUCUCACGGCAAGUAUCCAUCCGCAGCAAAGAUGUUGAAUCUUUUACGUGACCGACACUCGACUAUUAAGCAUAGCAAGCAGUCUUAUCUUAAGGCCCUUGCAAAACUUCGGUAUGAAGAUUAUACCAAACCCUUUUUGGACUACUUUAAUCUAAUCGAUGACUUUAUUAAUGCUAUUAAGAGCGACGGUUACAAAGUCGAUGAUGAUGAUAUCCUAGAGGCAUUGAAACCAGGUGUUGUUAAGUUGUGCGAGAACGAUCGAAACGAACUCAAUCAAGUUACUACACUAACUGAAUUUAAGGAGUGGAUCAUUAAGGAGGUCAAGAUCCAACGUGUCCCUAACAGGGAGGAAGUUCAGAUCCCAAAAUACUUAUUGAAGGGUCUUUACCAUUCUCAGACCGACUCUAGCGGCACACACAACAAACAAAAGCAAUAUUCUUCGAAGCACGGUCAAUCUAAAGGGCAGAGUCAAUCGAAGAAGGACUCACCCGAGAAGAAAAAUGUUCACAACUUCAACUUGAAUAAUCACAACGUCAUAUCUGAUCUUGAAUUAUUGGGAGGUGUUCCGAUGUCAGGUAAGAACUUACCUGUUGAAGUUGAAGAUAUGUGA